UCAUAAGAAGAAUGGCUCAGAGCGUGGUGGAAGUCAUGGAGGACUCAAAGGGGAAGGCCCAGGAGCACCUCCUGGCAAACGGAGGGCACCCAUGAACUAGUGAUUGACAGGAUGAACCAGAGGCGUGCAUUGUUGCAUUUUAAUCCUAUUUCCUCCGGGGACAAUUAGGGCACCUUGACUGCUCGCAGCCGGUCAGACCUGGUCCAAAAGUCACUUCUGGAUUUUCCUUUUCUCACCUGUAAAUGGACUGAAUGGCUUCACAGGCUCUUGGCUUCACCGGGACCUGUUGUUUCUGCUUGUUCCUUGCCUCUAGUUGAGCUGGGAGCAGGGAAGGACACAGCUUUGAUUGCAGCGAGGGCUGGCAAACACCUUGCCCAGCCUGGGCCCCAGAAUGUCCACAGAAGACAGAAACCCUCGAGGCUUGUCUGGCUUGCUGGGCGAUGGGCCACAGCCUGGUUGGUCACCAUCCCUCAUGCUGCUGCCUGCCAGGCAGGCCUUGGUUUGGUUCUCGGACAAGACUGUCAUGGCUCAAGAGUUGCCAGCCUGUGCAAAGCGUGUUUUGAUGAGGGUUGACUUAACAUCCUUUGUGACCCACUUUGAAUGGGACAUGGCCAAAUACCCUGCCAAGCAGCCGCUCGUGAGCGUGGUGGACACAGUAGCCAAGCAACUGGCACAGAUCGAGAUGGACCUGAAGUCCCGAACGGCCGCUUACAACACUCUGAAGACAAACCUGGAGAACCUGGAAAAGAAAUCCAUGGGGAACCUCUUCACCCGGACACUGAGUGAUAUUGUGAGCAAGGAGGACUUCGUGCUGGAUUCUGAGUAUCUCAUCACACUUCUGGUCAUCGUCCCCAAACCAAACUAUUCACAAUGGCAAAAAACCUACGAAUCUCUCUCAGAUAUGGUGGUCCCUCGAUCAACCAAACUCAUUACUGAGGACAAGGAGGGGGGCCUUUUCACUGUGACUCUGUUUCGAAAAGUGAUCGAAGACUUCAAAACCAAGGCCAAAGAAAACAAGUUCACUGUUCGUGAAUUUUACUAUGAUGAGAAAGAAAUUAAAAGGGAAAGGGAGGAGAUGGCCAGAUUACUGUCCGAUAAGAAGCAACAGUAUCAAACUUCCUGUGUUGCUCUUAAAAAGGGAUCAUCCACCUUCCCGGACCACAAGGUUAAGGUAACCCCGCUAGGUAACCCUGAUAGGCCCGCUGCGGGGCAGACCGACAGAGAGAGAGAGAGUGAGGGCGAGGGUGAGGGCCCCCUGCUGCGCUGGCUCAAGGUGAACUUCAGCGAAGCCUUCAUUGCCUGGAUCCACGUGAAGGCCCUCAGAGUGUUUGUGGAGUCCGUGCUGAGGUAUGGACUACCAGUGAACUUCCAGGCAGUGCUCCUGCAGCCGCUUAAGAAGUCAUCCACCAAGCGUUUAAGAGAGGUUCUAAACUCUGUCUUCCGACAUCUGGAUGAAGUAGCCGCUACAAGUAUACUGGAUGCAUCUGUGGAGAUCCCGGGACUGCAACUCAAUAACCAAGACUAUUUUCCCUAUGUCUACUUCCAUAUUGACCUUAGUCUUCUCGACUAGAAAGGCCAGCUGGCACCUGUGUCUCAUGUUCGUGCAGACUAUUUAGCCAGAGAAUGGUUCAAAUGUCUUACAGAACUAAGAUUUUUUUCAGAGAAAUUGCUCACAAAAGUUAGUGACAGUUGUAUUUAUUUUUUUUAAGUUACAAUAAAAUGCUCUCAAGUCCUUUGAAGGUUCUAACAAAUUCAAAACUUCAUUUUCCUGAAUGUUUUACAUAAAUGCGAACUACGUGUUCGCACUGGUAACCUGCUGCUGUAUUUCAUGUCUUAAUGGCUAUUCUGAGGUUCAUAACAACAUAGAAAGCCUUGCACUGUAUAACCAGCUAGAUUCCUUAAUAAUUAGUCACUAGAGACAGCCCAAAGACAAAUAUUGGGCGGGAAAUCAGUGCUCACUGAGCCCGGUUUCCAUGUAAAAUCUCUGUUGUGGGGGGCAUUGAUGGCGCCAUCUGAAGCAAAGAGAUCUUGUUUUUUGUUUAAAAAAGUUUAUGGGGGAGGAAAGAUAUCUGUGUAUCACUUCAAAAUAUUAAUUUACUGCUAAACAUCACUCUGAAUUUAUGAUGUAGAUACUAAUUUCAUACAUUUAUCGGCAUUAUCCAAAAUAUUUUAUUCUUUAAUGGAAAAAGCCAUUAAUAUUCAAAUGAAGGAA